GAAAGUUUACGGUAUGUUACCGCAAGACUUUUGCAUUCCAAGCAUAGCGAAGUUGAAAGCGAUGCUGGCCACAUUGUGCUCUCGCAUUCGUGCAUGGGCGCAUUGGUCACGUUGUUUCACCGGUGCGCGGUUCGAGUUGUGAUCUUGUGCUGUGCUCGCGGUGAGAUCAACUGUUUGCAGAUGUGUGACGAAGACGUGAAAAAGAAGGUCGCGCUCGCCAUGGCCACAAUAACUGACAUUGAAGCGGAAAUGGAAGCCUCGGCAGCGAAAGUGCGCGCUAUCAAGCGCCAAAUUAUUGCGAACAACGCCAUGCUGACUGCGCUGGCAUCGUCGUCUAGCCGCGCUCCAAGGGAAAUCUGGGCCUAUCCUCGUCAUGGACGGUGGUUUGAGAAUACGCUGCCAAACCUUGGGGACCAGAAUUUCCGCCAAUCAUUUCGCGUGUCUCAAACCACAUUCAAAUAUUUAGUUGACGUUUGCCGACCCACCAUGGAACGCCAGACUACGAACAUGCGCGAAGCCGUUCCCGUGGAGAAGAGGGUCGCCGUUGCCCUUUAUAAGCUUUGUUCAUCUGCCGAGGACAGGACAGUCGCCCACUUAUUUGACAUGGGCAGAUCCACGGUCAACAUCAUUUAUCGCGAGUUCUGCGAAACCGUGGUGGCAUCAUUGGAACAUGAGUGGGUCAAGAUGGUAACUGGAAAUGACAUGGAGAACCACAUCGGGGAAUUCUAUGCUUCCACCGGAUUCCCGCAAGGUGUCGGCGCUCUGGACGGAUGCCAUUUUCCGGUUUCUCCGCCAAAGGAACACGCCAGCGACUAUUAUAACUACAAAGGCUGGCACAGCGUGAUACUGCUCGCACUGGUGGACCACUGUUACGUGUUCCGGUACACAAACGUUGGAUCACCGGGAAGAUGCCACGAUGCACAUGUGUACCACCAAUCAAGCCUGUCUCGCCUUGUUUCGGGGCCCACAUUCAGGCACCCAACCACCCUGAUAAGCGGCGUUGCUGUGCCCCCACUGAUACUUUGUGAUCAGGCAUUUCCCCUCACGCCGAACCUUAUUAAGCCAUUUGCGAGCACAAGCAGCUCUGAAGAGCAAAAGCAUUUUAACUAUCAGCUAUCAAAAUCUCGCAGAAUAGUAGAAAAUGCAUUUGGGCGGCUUAAAGCCCGUUUCAGGUUUAUAAUGAAGAGAAUGGAAUGUGACAUCAGCAAUGUGCCGCUUAUAAUAAGGGCAUGCUGUGUACUGAAUAAUAUUUGCGAACACUUUGGUGAUGCUGUAUCGCAGCAGUGGAUCGGUGAGGCGCAGCUGUACGACACAAUAUUUCAGCAGCCAACACACACUACGGAUGCACUCGUCGCAACUGGAAGAAACAUUCGAGCUGCAGUUGCCAUGCACUUGCACCAACAUAUGGACCACUAG